AUGGCGUGUUGCCUCCUCGCCGCCCUCCUCGCAGCGUCGCUCCUGCUCCCACUCGCCCGCUCAGACUCCACCUCGUCACCGCACGCCACCACCGCAUAUGACGAGCUCCACCUCCGGGGCUUCUCGCGCAGCCUGCUCUCGGCCAACGCAUGUGUCUGCAUGCUCCACGCUGGCUUCGGGUACUUCACCGUUGACCUCCACUCUAGCUGCCGCAUCAUGCUGCCCGCGUGGAGCUACCUCGCCGUCUUCAGCGACCGCCUCACGGGCUCCCUCGACGACAGCUACAUCUUAGGCCUUGACGGCAUCCGCGUCAGGGCCUUCUUCUACUAG